CAUCGUUCAUCCCGGGCCGUGACAUUUCUGCUGCGAGCGCCGACAGAGAGGGACAGAGCCCGGGGGAAGCAGGGAGGCGGGACGGCGGCGUGUGUCGUCUACGGUACCGAGCAUCCUAACGCCCCGCGAUCCGGAGGGAGAGGCGCGCCAGGCGGUGGGGAGGAGCUGCAGGAAGCCGCUGGUCCUUUCACCCUCGCUGGACUCCACCGGACACGGCCCUCCCGGGACUGGAUCCGGCGGAUACUCUCGUCUCGACGCAGCGGAAGGAGCGGAGCGCCGCGCGCCGUCAUCCCUGCGGCGGGUCCACGAGUUGGGGCGCAUGGAGAAGAGGUAUGAAGAACUGGUGCACUACUCAGGGUCGGACGGCAUGUCAAUGGGGGGGUACGGGGACGAUGUCAGGGCGCUUCCUCCCCCACAGUACGGACCCACCCUCCCCGACUCCCUCAAACACCACAAAGACCUGAUCUAUGGUCACCCACUGUUUCCACUGCUGGCCUUAGUGUUUGAGAAGUGUGAGCUGGCCACCUGCUCCCCGCGGGACUCCUCCUCCUCACUCACAGCCACCUCCCACCUUCCUGGCAUGACCAAUCACAGCGACGUCUGCUCCUCGGAGUCCUUCAACGAUGACAUCGCUGCAUUUGCAAAGCAGAUUCGCUCGGAGAAACCCAUAUUUUCCUCCAAUCCUGAACUGGACAACUUGAUGAUUCAAGCCAUACAAGUCCUUCGCUUUCAUUUGCUGGAGUUAGAGAAGGUGCACGACCUGUGUGAUAACUUCUGUCAUCGAUACAUCACCUGCCUGAAAGGAAAAAUGCCCACAGACCUUGUCCUAGACGACCGGGAGGGAGGCUCUAAGUCUGAUCUAGAGGACUUUGGUGGGUCCUGUACCAGCCUGUCAGAGCAGAACGUGUCGUGGCUACGGGAGCCGGAUGAAUGUGCCACCACCCCUCUGGGAACACCGGGCACGUGUGGGCUGCCCUCACACAGCACAGCAGACAACUGCAGUGAUGCAGGCGAUGGUCUUGAUGGAGGCGUGGCCUCUCCCAGCACAGGAGAGGAGGAUGAAAGUGACAGAGACAGGAGGAACAACAAGAAGAGAGGGAUCUUCCCCAAAGUGGCCACUAACAUCAUGAGAGCGUGGUUGUUCCAGCACCUGUCGCAUCCGUACCCUUCAGAGGAGCAGAAGAAACAGCUGUCCCAGGACACGGGCCUGACCAUCCUGCAGGUCAACAACUGGUUCAUCAAUGCCAGACGGAGAAUAGUUCAACCAAUGAUUGACCAAUCAAACCGCUCAGGUCAGGGGGGUCCAUACAGCCCAGAGGGAGCAGCUCUGGGGGGUUAUGGGCUGGAUGGGCAGGCCCACCUUGGGCUCCGAACAGCAGGUCUCCAGGGCGUGUCGUCAUUGCAGAGUGACUACCCUGCUGCCCUGCUGUCACAGUCUGCCUACCCUCCACACCCAGGACAGUCCAUCCACUCGUACCCGGGCCCGCACCCUCACCCGGCAAUGCUGCUGCACCCGCCGCCUCACCCACACCCUGCAGAGCCACUCCUCGCCCAAGGACUGGACAUACAUGCACACUAGCUCUGCAGCCAGUGUGCGUGUGUGACUGUGUGAAUGUGUGUAUGUGUGCUGGGAUGGGUGUGUGUGUCUGCUUGUGUGUUGUGAGUCAUUCAGUACACUAUUUAAAAAAAGAGAGAAAAGACUUGUUCCAAAAGUUUACAAACCCACUUAAAGAUACUGACCUCCAUGUAGCUUAACACACACUAACACACACACACACACCUACAUACACAAACACACACAUGCAUGCAACAUUCCAGCUUCACUCUCUGUCUGGACCCACAGCUUUAAGCCAUACCUCUUUCAAAAUAGAAGUGCUUCCUCCUCUUCUGAUGUUUCCACUGUGUCCUGUGGGUGAGACAUGCUUUAAACUACACUUCCCAUCAUGCCUGCUGCAGGCCUGCCACAGGGGGGCGCUGGUCUGAACCUGCAGCCUGUGGGUGUCAGUGGAUUACCUCUCCCGUCUUCCUGCACAUGUUGUCUGUAACAAACACACAGUCCUUUCCAUUGAACGUUCUGCCACUUCCUUUCUUAUUCUAUAUAUUUUUAUAUUUAUGUCUUCUUCACUCCAGGAGUUUCAGCUUCAUGUCAGCUUGUUGAGAUGUGAGUGCCCUUCCUUAGCAUGAAGCUACAAACUUUGAAUGACUUCCAGUUUGCCUCGCUCUUGUAUCAUGGACCUCCUUAGGGCGCCCACAAACACACACGGCUACACACAGGGACACACAUCAACACUGCGACACACUGUGACACACACUCAGAGAAAGCCAUCCAGGCACACAAACUUCUGGACAACUUCCUGGUUCACUGGGAGCAGGGGGGAGGGGGCUGCAGCCAAAGGACUCUACAUUUUGGGCUCCCUUUGCUCCCUGCUUGGACCACCCAAACAUUAAUGAUCAUGAUUACAGUUCGAAUAAUAAAAUGUUUUUUGUAAACUUGUCAA